UGUCUGACUCUUGAUCUAAAAAUUACUCUGACAUUAGAAAUUGUUAUUAUUUGUAAAAAAAAAUAUUUGAUGCAGUUGCGUAAUAUUUGAGGUAAUGCACCUAGGUAAUUUCAUCAUUGUCUGGAGGUACAUACCAAAAGGGUACAAUUUCAUGCCAUUUCAAUUUAUAACUGACAUUUUCUUUAAACGUCAUUUAAACAACAGCUUAACAAACAAAGCUUAACAAAAUAAAAUCUGUUUGAUAAAAUAAAAACGUUAAUAUGUUGAUCAGUUUUUUGGCUUCCAAUUUUAAUGUAUAGAAAUUGUUCACAUCAGAUAUUAUAUUAUAUGUGCGUUAGUCAAUAAUAAGGUUCCACGAUUUAUAAAUUAUUCAAGACAAAAAACUUUUCUCUAUUUUACAUUUUAAACACCAUAAUUUCUGUUGAUGAAUAUACCGGUUAUAAAUAUAUCCACAGUUUAGGUCAUUCACACACAUUUUUCAUCUGCCUAUCAUCAAACAUGAACUAGAAAUUUUAAGUAUAUAUUACUUUUAGCUAUAAACAAAUAGAUGCUUUCGCUAAAUACAAUAAAAAACAAAGAAAUUAACUAACAAGAAUAUGUUUAUAUACAAAACGAUAUAUGGUGAUAUUAAAAUGUGAAGGUUAAAAAUAUGGAAGAAAAUUCGCCUGUCAAAUACUUUGAAGAUUAUUUGCAUAAAAAGGAAGGAGAUAAAAAGUGGAUUGAAUAUUGGGCUGUUGUCUGUGAGAAGUAUUUAAUAUUUUAUAAAUAUCGACCACAACUGGAAGAAUAUAGAGAUGCGUUUCAAGGUUGCAUUGAACUAACAGGAAGCACGAAAUGCAUUGCUGCUAAAAGGAAGAAUUACAGUUUCCCGUUUUAUAUUGUUACUCAGAAAGCAAGAUAUCUUGUUAAGACUCAGUCCACUUUGUCUCGACACCAAUGGUUUCAAGCUAUUGAAUUAUCUUCACAGGGGCGUCAACCAAGACAUAUAACGGACAGUCUAGUGAGUCAGCCUCCACAACCUCACGCGGAAGGGUCAACAUCAGGGGACUCCAUAACAAAUGAUGAAGAAGACGUUACUAUAGAUAAAGCUCUGGUACAUCAUGAUAGUGAACCAACAGAUACAGACAGAUCAGUUUUGGUUGUAUCUUGUGCACCAGAUAAUCAAACGACUAGAUUUUUAGAACGAAAACCAUUAAGCGAUGAGGAACGACAUUGUAACGAAACUGAUCUCGAACUGACAGAAUUGGAAAAAAACCAACCAUAUCUUGACGAGCGAUUGUAUAAAAUUUAUUGUGAAGAUAGCUCAAUUAAAAAACCUAAAUCGACACCUCAGCAAAAACCACAAUCCUACAUUUAUGAAAAACCAACGCUAAGUCAGUAUAACCCUUCUUAUUCAAGUCGUUUAAAACCAUCUUCUUAUAAAAUAUCAAGACUUGUGAAAUCUGCAGAAAUGCUUAGAGAUAUUCCAGCCACACAGUCAUAUGAACGCUCAAAGAGUUCGUUAUUAAAACUCAAAGAGGAUUGUGGUAGCCUUCUUCAAAAUUUUGGAGACGUAGAGAAUAAAGCUUUAACCAAAAGUAGAUUUUCAAGACAUAUAGUUAAUUCCGCACCCGAUGUGAAAAUGCACACAAAUGGCGGGAAAUUGUGAUCUAAAAGUCUCUCCUAUGGAGAGAGAAGUCAAUAAAGAUAUACGUUGCUGCUACCUUCUCCUUCACCGAAGUUGAUAUAUUUCUAGUUCAUGGAGUCAAACGAAAUUUUCGAAGAGUUAUCCUAUUGUGAUAUUUACAGAAGUGAUACAAAAGUAAUCGUUGAGUGAUAUGAUGUUGAAAUUAUUGAAAUUUCAGCGAUAUCUAAAUAUGGCGAAGGAAAAUAUAUCAUUAUCUAAAAUAUAUCUAUAAAUAUGAUAGUGGCCCGCUGGUAUUUUUUAUAAAAUUAAUUUAUUUCGAUUGUCUUUUUACAGUCGACUAUUAUGAACUCAAGUUCUCAAAGAAACAUGAUGAUUUCAAUAUGUUGAGGAUUUCAGUUAUGGGAUUAUUUUUGUGGAUAUUAAAUAGAUAAAAAGACGCGGCAUUUGCAUAAAAUCUCUGAAAAUGUUACUAUAGGGCUUCAUUUGUUUUUGUUUUAUUUUUUGAUGAAGAUACUCGCGUCUACUGUAUAGAUAUUGUACUUUAAAUUCCAAAAGCAUAACUAAUUUUUAGGAAAAAAGGACCUAAAACAAGACGUGUUGAAAGAAGAUUCUCCAGUGUUUUGUAGUAAAAAGUUAAAUUUUUAUAUCAUCUGUCUUAUGUUUCAUAAAUAUUGUGUUUUAUACUUUCGCUGGCAGAAGGUUUUGUCAGUUCAAAAAACUUUCGCAAAUUGAGAUUUGGGACAAAUUUUGCGUAACAAAAACUUUCGCGAAAAUCAAAAAUUACUUCAUUAGCAAGGGGAAUUCUUUCGUAAAUAGCAAUUAUUUUUUUUCUCUGUUAUUAUUAGUAAUCAAAAGUCUGCAUUCAUUACAGUUUCAAGAAAUCGAGACAUCUGAGAAAAGUUUGUAGCACUAGAAAACAACACUAAACGUUAUUGCAGUUGAUGACUAAAAAAAGAAAUAAAUCCUUAACUGUGAGAUUUCCCCGUUUCUUGAUUAUUUUUUUUUGUGGUAAAAAAACUUUCGCGUCUUGAAAAAUACUCAUAAAUGUGGGGAUCUACAACCAAAUUAUAAAAUAAAGUGACCACGCCUGUAUGUAUGAUGCAAGCAAAGUACACCAAUUUAUACUUAAAUACCAAAGCAUUUUAGUUGAAGAUGGUAUAGCUAAAACCAUUGUAAUUAUAUUGAAGGUCUGUUAUGACAUCAGUUUGGAACAAUCUGAGUGCAUAUGUCCAGUGGCAUGUAAUAAUACUUGAAAUGUUGAAUUCUAGAUUCCUCUCUUUACUUAACUAUAAAUCUAUUAAAUACGUUAUUUUAACCCUUAUUUAUUAUAUUCUGUUUUUUAUGAAGUGAAUUUGUGUAUGCAGGAUUGAAGAAUUUUUGAACUUAUAUUUUGUAAAAUUUUAAAAGCUUAAAAAAGAAACGAAGUUAUGCAUUUGA